CAUUUGUUCCGCGUUGGCCUGGACGUGGCACCGAGAGGAGCUGCGCCCCCUCCGCUGAUCUCCGCCUCUUCUCCGCUGAUCUCCACCCGUUCCUCCGUCUCUACUGCGGCUCCGACCUGCAGCUUCUCACCGGACUAACCGGCUGACAUUCUCCGCCGCCUGGUUUUUAAUCCUACCGCCGGGGAACCGGGACAUUUUCAUUAGAGAUGGGUCUGACGAUCUCGGGACUGUUCGCUCGGUUCUUCGGAAAGAAGCAGAUGAGGAUCCUGAUGGUCGGUUUGGACGCAGCUGGAAAAACAACGAUCCUGUACAAACUGAAGCUGGGAGAGAUCGUCACCACUAUCCCGACUAUCGGUUUUAACGUGGAGACGGUGGAGUACAAGAACAUCUGUUUCACAGUCUGGGACGUCGGUGGUCAGGACAAGAUCAGACCUCUGUGGAGACACUACUUCCAGAACACACAGGGCCUGAUCUUUGUGGUGGACAGUAACGACAGAGAGAGAGUAACAGAGUCUGCUGAUGAGCUCACUAAGAUGAUCCAGGAGGAAGAGCUGAAGGAGGCGGUUCUUCUGGUGUUUGCAAACAAACAGGAUCUUCCAAACGCCAUGGGAGUCAGUGAACUCACCGACAAACUGGGUCUGCACAACCUGCGCAACAGAACUUGGUACGUCCAGGCCACCUGUGCCACUCAGGGUACUGGUCUGUACGAGGGUCUGGACUGGCUGUCCAAUGAGCUGUCCAAACACUAGACCACCUGGCAGGAAGCAGCAGACGUGAUGUCAUCGCCUGAUGGCAGUGUACAAAGUGAUGAUGAAGAGGAGGAGGAAGAGGAGCGUUUACCUGAACUGUUUUUGUUUUUUUAAAUUAUAAAUGUGUCGUCUGUAGGAGGAAGUGAUGUCAUGGACUCUGAGCUCACCCUCUUCUUCUUCUUCUCUUCUUCCUUUUUCAUCUGUUGUUUCUUUUAAUCCGCAUGUUUUAAUCAUGUGACAGGAAGUAAUGAAGAGGAGGGGCGGGGUUAACUACAGGUGACAGUUACCUGUGAGCAGGGGCGGGGUUAACUACAGAUGACAGUUACCUGGGGGCGGGGUUAACUACAGGUGACAAUUACCUGGGGGCAGGGGGCAGGGUUAACUCCAGGUGACUCUUACCUGGUCGUGUGAUGACUCAUUCCACUGAGCCGUACCUGAACGCCUCGUCAUUCCGUAUCAAUGUGAAGAAGAAGAAGCAGUGAGACAACGAUGAUGCAAUAAAGGUUUUUUUUUUCUUCUCA